CCCCCCCCCCCCCUUCGCUCGCCCACACGCAAUUGAGCCCCAUGGCAGGCCGCUGAUACCACUGGCUUGCGCUGGCUCAAAAGAGACACACAAUUUGGACCUGCUGUUGCUGAGACAGCGCGCUGCUGAUCCCCACAGGGCCGCUGGGUAGUCGCCGCUCCUCUCCCAGCACAUUUCACCUGCGCCGGACUUCACUCGAGGCAGCGUGCCGCCACACCGAAAAGUAAGCAUGGCAUCCUCCUCUACCGACGCUCAUUCGCAGCCGAAACGGGCGCAAGCCAUGGCGAGGCAGUCAUCUACUUCCUCGCAUGUGUCGCAAUCGCCGUCGGAUUCGCACGCCCGCGCUGCUCCACACAAAGGACAGCGCCAGCACGUCGUUGGCCAGAGUCGCAUGCAGAGGAACACCUCGCUGGGCAAGAACCUGAACAAGCUGAGCAAACUCGCCCAGGUACAACAGGGCGAUGGCAGUAGCACCAAACACCACCGUCGCUCCCACUCUGGCAACUCGACCUCCGCUCCCAGCAGCCCCCGCCCGAGCUUCAAGCGCAAUGCGUCGUCCGGCGCCAUCGUGAGGGCCGCGAACCACACGCACUCGCACACCGGCAUCCGCAAGAACCACUCCAGCGGCCAUCUUUCGCGCCAGGGCUCGUCCAAGAAUAUGUUGAAGUCGUCAAAAAGUGAGAUAGCACCACCAAAACGGUCGCUAGCCCAUCCCGGAAAGGCCCGCCAGCUUUCGCCUGAUCCUCACCCUACUGUUCAUUUCGAUAUCGGCAAUGAAGAAGGAGCUGACGACGGAUGGACCGAGGAAAGCGCCUCGCAAUCGCCAACUACUACCCGAUCAAACACCCGCUCCAACUCGGUCAUACUUGAUCCGCACAAAGCCAUGCAUGUACCGGAGGUGGAGAGCACACAGGGCGAAUCCCCACAGAUGGAAACCAGCAGUACUCCUGCCCGCCCUCCCCCGAGUACCAUAAGUCACGCCCUGCCCGACCGCACACUCAAUGCGCGACUUGUGAAUGGGGCCAGCUCGCACCAGCACUCGCGACCGCCGGACGCCGAUAUGAUCACUUCAAGACUCCUCCAGCGCCACUCCUCACAUAAUCCUCCCCCCCAGAUGUCCUCCAUCGCCGCAAUGGUGGUGUCAGAUUCGCAUGACGCAAGAGUUCUGAGCCAGAGUGCAGGGUCCACACUUGUCGAUACCCCGGGCCGUGAUCUGGUGUCGCGCUUUAUGGACGGAGAUGGCUCGGCCGGCACCCCGAAGGACAGCAGCUUCUUGCCAUCGCGCAACUCACCGCAGUCUGCAGGGAAUGACUUUGACAAGGCAAAGCGAAACAAAUCAAUGCCCAACGUGGUGGACACAGAAACUCCUCCCAAGGCGCAGUCCCGGCGGUCUGGUACGAGCACACCUACCAAUCUCCCACCGUCAAGAACACAGCAGAAGCUACUGCUUCAACGCGCCUCGUCCAACAUCGAGCCGCAGAAGCUCGUUCCUGCCAUCCUACCGCGAACGGGCGGGCCCCAAUUCAUUCAUGCCGGCAUAACCUAUAACGCAAACGGUGAAGGCCGACUGGAUCCCCGUCUUCAGCAACGGUUCAAUCAAGUCGAGAUAGAAUACAAAGUCGUGCAACGUUAUCGCAACCCGCUGGCGGACGGGAUCAUGCGGAUUGAGCAGAUUCCCGGAACGCGCCGAAAACACAGAGUGCCGAGGUCGUCAUCGGCAACGAAUGGUUUCGUGAACGUACAUGGUAGUAGCAGUCUGAGCACAAGCUUCAAUGAGUCCGGGGUUGAAACAGACGGAUCGGGUGCAAGGCGGCGAUCACGAGUCAGUUUUGAGAGUCACCGGGGUCGCGAUGAUGAUGACUUGGAGGGGCGACAGAGUUUUGAGAGCGAUGGCGGACGGGUUCGGAAUGAAGCGGAGGAGAUCUGUCGACGGCUGUGGGAGAGCGCCGAGAUGGUUGAGGGUGACUGAUGGGCUUCUUACACGUGUCGAGGCGCCAUCAAAUAAUGAAACCUGGCGAGGCAUAUUCCGCCCAUUGUGUCAUCACCCCCUGCCAUUACGCCUUCUCUCUGUGAAAGAGUUAUGGCGAGCUGGGAAAAGGUUGGUUACCGUCACUCGCUCUUGUCGGUUGGUGCGAGUCCACCUCCAAAUGCGGCAGUACGCUGCUUCGCGCAUGUAACAGUGCUCUGUCAACGGGUCACGGUGAUUUCUAGGCAAGCGAGUCUUCAUAUAAGGGCUGCGAUGGUGUUCGGAAGAACGGGCAUUCACUGGACCACCAAUUUGCUGGUCACAAUUCUUCAAUAGGGGGGGUCCCACAACUGGCUCCGACCAAUCACAUACACGGUACUAGGCCGGAGCAAUUGUAAUUUCUCAUCUUUAAAGCAUCACAUCAUAU